AUGUCGUCCAACGCGACACACGCGGCCCACGACUAUUGCACCAAAGUCACGCCGCAAUGUCCGGUCGAGGCGACCACGUACGGAUACUAUCCGAAUCUAAGCGUCAAUUCGUUCUUCAUCGCGCUGUUCGGCCUAUGCAUGUUUCUGCAGCUGGGGAUGGGGAUCUGGCGGCGGACGUGGACAUAUAUGGCGGUUGUCGUGAUAGGCUGCUUCGGGGAGGCCGUGGGCUAUAUCGGACGAAUACUCAUGCACAACAAUCCGUGGUCGGGGGCAGGCUUCAAGACGCAGAUCUGCUGCCUCGUGCUCGCGCCCAGCUUCCUCGCCGCCGGCAUCUACGUGACUUUGAAGCACCUCGUCAGCUACUGUGGUGCCGAGAAUUCGAGACUGAAGCCGAGACUGUAUCCCUGGCUGUUCAUCGGCUGUGACUUUGGCUCGAUCGUCCUGCAGGCCAUUGGAGGAGGUAUUGCGGCGGCCGCUGGUGAUCACCCCACCGACAGCGGCCGCAAGCUGCUGGACGCCGGCAAUGCGUUGAUCGUGGCCGGUAUCGCGUUCCAAGUUGCGACCAUGGCCGUGUGCGGGUUGCUGAUGCUGGACUUCUUCAUCCGCUUUCAGAGGGCCAGGAAGGCCCGGUCGACCACCUACUCCGAGAGCGAAUACGAGAAGAACCAGGGCCUGCAGAAGCCGUCGCGCAACUUCCGCAUUUUCUGUUUCGGCAUUGCUCUGGCUUUCGUCACCAUCUUCAUUCGGUGUAUCUAUCGUCUCCCCGAGAUGGCUGGUGGGUGGGGGAACCCUCUCAUGCAGGAUGAAACCGAGUUUCUCAUCCUGGAUGGAAUGAUGGUUGGCAUCGCCACCGUGGUCAUGACACUGUUGCACCCUGGCUUCUUCUUCGAGCCAAUGAGGAAAUUCAAGAAUUGA